AUGCUAGACUGGCUUCGAAAACUCUUUGGUGCCGACGAAGCUGCCAUAGACCGGAGGAACCAGCAGGAUCGAAGUCGGAAGCGAAGUGAACGGGUACGCGCGCGUGAACGAGAACUAUCUUCACAAAGCCAGAGGCAGGAGUUGAAGAGUGGGAAGAGCGGAACUACCCCUGGCCAUCAGAAAAUGAUUUUUAGUGAUUGA